AACCAAUCUAUGCAUCUUGGUGAACUGAGAUGAAAACACAUUUGAGCGCGCUUUUGAACGUCAAAAACAUGCCUGGCAAGAGAAAUAUUGCGCUUGAUCAAGUCAGAAGUGAAAAUAUUGCAACUAAAACUGUAAAUUACCGUGCAAAAGCUGCAUAAACUGCAACAAGAAACAAACUAAAUGGUUAAACAAAUGUUUGUGUGUAACUAGUGCAUUUAGUGAACUAAAAUCAAAUGUUAUUUCAAUGUUAAAAUCAAACUCGCGAUAAGGUGUUUUCUGUUUAACUGGAUUGUGGUUUCUGUGCCGAUAGCGAUAGUGCCUUUUCUUUGUUUUGUGCCUUCGAUUGAACAAAAAAAAAAAAUGGAAGUUACAGCUCCCGUAGUGUUGAAUGAUGCUUCCAAAAUUUCCCCAGGAGCGAAUGUUCGCAAAAUGAAACAAAGCCGGCUGCCUUUUCAAUUUUUGUCAACACCUGCCAAACCGCCAGUGGAGCUGGGUGAAGCACGCAAAAGGAAACCAUCGACGGAAGAAUUAGAUGUGGAACAUGUAGCAAAGGCCGGACGAGUAUCAGAUGUUAAAGAGCUUGUUACGACACUGGUAGCGGAGGAAGAAAAUCGUAAACCAGAAGGUGAUAAUGUGGACAAAACUGCUAAUGAUCAAGACAAACCAUCGGGAUCGGUGACGAGUAACAAUGGCACAUCACUUUCCGCGAAGAAAUCAAAAAGAAAGACGAAUAAGAUGGAUUCGCCAAAAAUUUUGAUUAAACUCCCCAUAGGAAAACGAAAACGCAGUACCACGGAUAAAAUCAAGAAGGUGAAAAAGAAGGCAGUUGGUGCAGGGAAACUGAAUUUAAGCAAUGAACCUAAAGAAACAAUAAUUCUGGAUGACUCGGAUCUAUCCGACGAUGGUGAUGCUGAUGUAGCAGAAAAGAACAAAUCUUUGAUUUUGACGGCGGAAAAUGAGACUCCGCCAAAAAAUGAUUCUGAUUGUGCAACGGAAGAAAACGAAGUGGAGCUUUCGGACUCGACAGCAGAAAAAACAGAACGCGCAGAUGAAUCAUUUACUGAAAGCAAAUCUAUAGAAUCAUUGGAACUAGUUGACAAAACUGGAAGUACCACGAAAGGCGAGGAUUUACCGUCAGAGUCAGCUGUUGCACAGGAUACUAUUAAACCACUGGAUCAAUCCGACACUAUCCUCGCUGGUGACAUAUCUUCCGACGUUGAUUCAAGCGAAGACGUCUACUUGCUCUGUACUCCCAACUCCAAGAUCGUCCCAAGCGAGGAGGAGAAAAAGCAACGGAAAUUGACCCCAAAACAAAUAGCUCUACGUCAGGGUUAUGAAAAGCGGCGUGAACUGAAGCAACAGGCAAAGCUGGAAAAACGUCGCCAACUGCAGGAGGAAAGGGAGGAAAAAGCUCGCGAAAAAGAGGAACAGGAGCGACUGCGUAAAAAGGAGCGCGAAGAAAAGGAAGAUCAAAGACGUCGGGAACGUGAAGAAAAAGAGCUCAUGAAACGCAAGGAUCGCGAAGAAAGGGAAGAGCAGAAGCGCAAAGAGCGCGAAGAGAAAGAGGAACAGAAACGCAAAGAACGCGAGGAUAAGGAGAAAAAACGGCAGGCCGAAAUUGAUCAGAAAACUGAAGAGAAGCGCCAGAAGGAAGAGGAACGUCGCAAGAAGGAGGAACAAAGGGAGGAGGAAAGAAAGCGCAAGGAGGAUGAGAAAGAAGCCGAGGAAAAGCGGAAACAAAAGGUGGCUCAAGCUUUUACAAGCUUUUUCGUCAAGAAGCAAACCGCUGGCGGUGGUGUUAAAGCUUCUGAUGAUGAAAAUUCGGUCGAAUCUGCUUUGGGCGCACCAACGGGCAGUGUGGCGAGUUUGGGUCAGCAGCGGUUCAUGCCCUUUUGCGUUAAAGGGGACAUGAGAUUGGCACCAACGGUACGACGGGUUCUAAAUUCUGGCCAGAAAGACGCUUUGGAACGUCUUGUGUUACACAUUGCGGACGGAAAGCAAGUAACUGAUCGGGCUAAUCUUUAUGUUGAACUGCUAAGACAAAAGACCCAUAAUCCGAUAAAAACCGAACGAACUUGGAAUGCAGAUGAUGAGGAGGAAAAUGAUGAAAUAAUGAUUGUUGACGAAAACGUGUGCCACGAGAUUGAGAAAGAUCCGGGCAAGAUGAAGCAAAAGUUUAAAACUAAAUUCUUUCUGUUUGAAGAAAAUCGUCGUCCUCCGUAUAGAGGAACGUGGCGUAAACGGAGUGCUUGUAUUAAAGCACGUCGCCCAUUCGUUCAGGACACUAAAUUUUUCGAUUAUGAAGUGGAUUCCGAUGACGAAUGGGAAGAAGAAGAGCCCGGCGAAUCACUGCACGGUAGCGAUGACGAAAAAGAUGUCGAUCCCGAAGAAGACUACGAAGUGGAUAAUGAAUUUUUCGUACCUCAUGGCCAUCUAAGUGACGAAGAACUGCAAGAGGAAGGCGAAGACGAUGAUAACAGUCCAGAAACGCAGAAAUUUAAGCUUAAAAUUAUGCAACAAGAGUUUGUGGCAGAGAUGAAGAAGAAAACGGAAAAAAUCAAACCCCGACUCAUUGGGUGUAUCUGGGAAAAGGAAAGUGAGGAAAGUACAAACAGUUACAUUGAGUGUUCUGCACUGAUUCGGAAAAUGUUGGACGAUCGUGCGAUGCUUUUCAAUCCGGAUGAACCGAUCUCGUUCACUCGAUGCAUUUCCAAGGAUGAACAGGAUGCGACAACAAUAUCACCUAGCAAGGAUAAUGAAAAACCGACGAUAAAGAAGGUUAAGAUCACCGAAGAAGCCGUACGUGAUUUGGCUCGUUUGGUGCAUGGGAAUGUUAAUAAUCGUAAGUUUUUGGUCCGUGAGUUUCAUGCAUUUCAUGCAAGCCGUAAUGAAGCCGUCGAGUUUAGCUUGUUAAGUAUACAGGACAAAAUUAAAGAAAUUGCCCAUUGGGGACCAUGCACUGUGGAGGGAUCAAUGCAGGGAAAGCUGUGCUGGAUGGUGGACGAGAACGUGCUUCAACAGUACGAUCUGAAGGAUGUGACACUUCCGAAUGAAUGGAAGUAUCAUCUACAGAAGUCUAAAUUCGCAAAGCAAGAAAAGAAAACAAACGCGGAAAAGGAAAGCAAUCCAUUGUCUGAUACCGGUGAUGGUACCGCGACAAACAAAGUAUCAAACGAAACAUGUGCAGUAGAUGUAUCGGAGAAAGAAAAAGCUGAACCUCCGACGGUACAGAAAAGCGUUGCUAACGGGAAAAGUAACGAUGCCGUUGCAGUAACUGGCAAGGUUCCGACCGUGACAAAAUCCAAAAAACGUGUGCCUCUCCUGAUGUCCGUCCCUCGUGGACAAAACAUAAAUCAGACUACUAAAAACAGUCUUAUCAGUCAGUUCUUGUCGAGGGAGAAUAGUGUGAAGACAAAACCAGUAACGCCGGAUGCUAAAAACAUCGAUAAUGCAGUUAUUGAAAUAGAUUAAAACGAUUAUUUUAACAUUACUGUUUUGUGUAAAGGUCUGUGCUGAAAUAUGUUUUGAAUAGUUUAUUCUCAAUCAUAUGGUGUAACAUUAGCAUAUUAGGAUGAUUUAGCAUGUAACAACUUGCACGUGAAAUAUAUACAAGGUAACACGUAAGCGGUUAUUAACAUUACAAUUUUCUAUUACUUCUUCUUCUGGUUAUGUGUUGUAAUGGAGUUAGAAAGAUGAGAACAAAGAAUUUACGUAGAUUGAAACACAUAACAAACCAGUAAAGUGAUACCCAGGAAGAGGAACAUUGAUCAGAGGAAUAGAAGAAAUUCAUAACAAGACAUAAUGUUGAGCUAGCUUAUCAGAUUGUUAUGAGCAUGGAUCACGACACAAUACUAGUAUCGUUGGACGCAUAAAAAUCAUUACAAAGAUGCGA